AUGUACGACAACAGCAACCCGGGGACGCCCCGCGCCAUGGAAGAUCACGCCGUUGGCUCCAUGCUUCCCGCUGCCAGUGCUGCCGCUGCGUUGGCUCAGUUGCAUGGUCACAAGGUCGAACCUGAAUGGGAGUCCGAAAUGGGCUGGCAUUCCGACAGCGAAGGACGUCGAAUCCCCAGGACAUCAAUUGAACUGCCGCCGUUGCACUUGUCAAAUAACGACAUUACUAGCGAGCCGUUCCCGGCUAUGAACUCGAGCAGGCCGCGGGACAUCCUCCCGUCGAUUCUAGCAAAUUCGCCCCCUGGUCGUUCUUCAACCCUGCCGCCAAUCCAGCGACCCGUGGGACCCGCGCGACCAAGAAAACAGUCUGUCACCAAGAGAGGCAGAGAGGCACACCACAAGAAACAAAAGUCUCGCGGAUCGGCAGCAGACUGGCUACGACGCAUCCAGAACGACGAACGACUUAGACCAGGUAACAAUGACCGUAAGGCGUUAUCGGCUGAACCUUCUGCAGACUAUGGGAAGAGAUGGGAAGAUCUCAUCGACGCCGCCGACCAGGCUGCAUCUGCCGCCGGCGAUAUCGAUGAGGACAGGACUCCAGGCUUCGUUGCCUCCGUUUCAACAACACCAUGGAUUCCAAGCAGCAACUGGAGGAAGCUACCAAGCUUCGCCGCUGCAGCAAGCCUUGACCCCGCCAUCCUACAGCCAGGACACGAUUGA